CCCUCGCUCGGAUGUGGCCGGGGGCGGGGGACCAGGGCGAGGGGGUGGUGGCUGUGGUCCGGGGAGGGCCGGGAGUCUUUUCCACGUUUGCAAACGCAGCUGCUUCCAGGCCCGACCCGCGCACCGCCCGAGCUCCGCGUGCCCUCGCCCGCUCCUUUCCCCGCAGCCCCCGAUGGCGUUCAGGGCCCGGGGCUGGCGGCCCCCACCGCCGCCGCUGCUCUUGCUGCUGCUCUGGGUGACCGGGCAGGCAGCGCCCGUCGCCGGCCUGGGCCUGGGCUCCGACACGGAGCUGCAGAUCGAACAGCGCUUCGUGCCUGACGAAUGCCCGCGCACCGCGCGAAGCGGUGACUUCGUGCGCUACCACUACGUGGGAACGUUCCCCGACGGUCAGAAGUUCGACUCCAGCUAUGACAGAGACUCCACGUUCAACGUGUUCGUGGGGAAAGGACAGCUGAUCGCGGGGAUGGACCAAGCCCUGGUGGGCAUGUGCGUGAACGAGAGGCGCUUUGUGAAGAUCCCCCCGAGGCUGGCUUACGGCAGUGAAGGCGUCUCGGGUGUGAUCCCCCCCAACUCAGUGCUGCAUUUCGAUGUGCUUCUGAUGGACAUUUGGAACUCCGAAGAUCAGGUGCAGGUCCACACUUACUUCAAGCCCCCGAGUUGCCCCCGGACCAUCCAGGUGUCUGAUUUUGUGAGGUACCACUACAACGGGACGUUCUUGGACGGGACGCUGUUCGACUCGAGUCAUAAUCGCAUGAAAACAUACGACACGUAUGUGGGAAUCGGCUGGCUGAUCCCUGGAAUGGACAAAGGGCUGCUGGGCAUGUGUGUGGGGGAGAAGCGCCUCAUCACCAUCCCACCUUUCCUGGCCUACGGAGAAGACGGAGACGGGAAGGACAUCCCGGGACAGGCGUCGCUGGUGUUCGAUGUUGCCCUGUUGGACCUUCACAACCCCAAGGACGGCAUUUCCAUCGAGAAUAAGGUGGUGCCUGAAAACUGCGAGCGACGAAGCCAGAGCGGGGACUUCCUCCGGUAUCACUACAACGGCACGCUGCUGGACGGCACCCUCUUUGAUUCCAGCUACUCACGGAACCGCACCUUUGACACUUACAUUGGCCAGGGCUACGUGAUUGCUGGGAUGGACGAAGGUUUACUUGGCGUUUGCAUCGGAGAGAAGCGGAGGAUUGUGAUCCCCCCUCACCUGGGGUAUGGGGAGGAAGGGAGAGGGAAUAUCCCCGGCUCGGCCGUGCUGGUGUUCGACAUCCACGUGAUCGACUUCCACAACCCCUCAGACUCCAUCAGCAUCACCUCCCACUACAAGCCGCCCGACUGCUCCGUGCUGAGUAAGAAGGGGGACUACCUCAAGUACCACUACAACGCGUCGCUUCUGGACGGGACCCUGCUGGAUUCCACGUGGGAUUUAGGCAAGACGUACAACAUCGUCCUGGGGUCCGGACAGGUCGUGCUGGGCAUGGACAUGGGUCUCCGGGAGAUGUGCGUCGGAGAGAAGCGGACGGUGGUCGUCCCGCCCCACCUGGGCUACGGGGAGGCUGGCGUCGCUGGAGAGGUGCCGGGCAGUGCCGUGUUGGUGUUCGACAUCGAGCUGCUGGAGCUGGUGGCCGGCCUGCCCGAGGGGUACAUGUUCAUCUGGAACGGCGAGGUGUCCCCGAACCUCUUCGAGGAAAUCGACAGGGAUGGCAACGGAGAAGUCCUGCUGGAAGAGUUCUCGGAGUACAUCCAUGCCCAGGUGGCCUCUGGCAAAGGGAAACUCGCUCCUGGUUUUGACACCGAGAUGAUUGUGAAGAAUAUGUUCACCAACCAGGACCGGAAUGGCGAUGGCAAGGUCACGGCGGAGGAAUUUAAACUCAAAGACCAGGAGGCCAAACACGACGAACUCUAACCCAGAUACAAGCCACCAUGUGACACCAAGGGCCCCGUCACGACACGGCGUGCCGUGAGGGCGUGAGGGUCUCUCAGCAGGUGAAUUGUCAGCAAGCGGUCGUGGGUCCCACAUCAGGGGUGCGUCGAUGCACGUGCUGAGAAUUUUAGGCUGAAUGCCGGUGAUAUUAGACAAAAUUGGGGCGCAGUGCCUUAGCAUGGGCUGUGUAGGACAUGGAAAAGGCUGUCCUGCCAACCGUUGUGUGUGGGUCUCCUGGGUAGUUUUGUUGGUAAAGGAAAAUAGUGUCACACAGAAGUUACAGCCAUCUUGGAGGGAACAGAAGAAAAAGGGUCCAGGAUAUCUAUGUAAAGAGGAUGAAGAAAAAAUUUUUUAACUUGCUGGUAUUUUGCAAGCGUUGCCCAGAUGGGCAGAAAAAAAAUAAAGGGCGUGUCCCAGCAGGGUUCCCAGAAAGCCCCAGAAAACUCAGCAGCCUGUACAGCCUUCUGGUGAGGCCCAACCUCCACCUCCCCCCGACACACACACACACACACACACACACACACACACACUCUUCUAGUUAUUCACGCCCCUCGCCAUUGCGGUCCUCUGACUGGCUGGGUAACUUGGGUAUCAGUGGGCCACACUAAAGGCAUCUAGGACCACGGGUAGAGAACUUGAUUCUGCGUCUGCCACGUGGGGUUCCCUGCGUCCCUCUUUCUUGUCCCCAUCGCUCUGUCCCGUAGUGCACUGAACCCUUUGGUCAUCAGUCAGAGACGCCCCGGGCUGCUGGCCAAGCCGAGCUCCACAGUAUGUCACUGUGGCCGAGGUGGGUGUGUCUUCCCAACAGGUGAGCUUGAACAAGGUGACAUACUUCUACUCAUCUGUGUCCUGGACAGAGAGGUGCCCUAAAGCCGGGGCCUCACUCUGCAGAGGAAGGCGAGGACACCACACUGGCCGGCCUGGCCCCCCGUUUCGCGGUAACCACCCUGUGUCCUCUGUUCCCAACUGGUGGUGGCUCUCACCCUGAAGUCACGCAGGAUUUCCCUUCUGAAACUGCCUUGUUUUACUAAUUUAAACGGUUUUGUACUGACGUAGCUCUGAGGUAGUCCGUGAAAACACCAAGCACUUGUUCAGCUGAAUGUUGGAAAACUGACCUUUUCCGUGUAUAAAAUGUUGAAGUCUC